CAUCGAAACGCAGAGCGCGAUGCAAGCAGUACUGCGCUGCUCGGCGCCCCCUUGCGGCCUCUGGCUGCCCGAGACACCACGGAGCCGGAUCAAAAUUCUCGUACCUUCGCCGAAGAGACUCCGCAACAGGACGCCGCUCGCAAGCGGGACGUCGUGCGCCAAGCCAACCUGCAACAUGGUCGCCGACCCGCAAAUUGUGCGCCUUUCGUUGCAGCGGACCAACUCGUCUUCAACAAGCUGAUCGAAAUGAUUUCGGUGCCCCUGAUGCCCAUGAACACUUGCAACUUCAUCUGUUCUCCAUUCAUACUGUACUUAUUGGACCUUUGGAACUUCAGAAGAUACCCGGUGGCCCACCUGGCCUGUGCCAUAAUCAGCGGUGGCUUCCUAACCAACAUCUGCCUCCACUGCAUACACUGCAUCCCGGUCCUCAAGUUUGGUACUACGCACAGUGACGCCUGCCUUAUUGAAUUGGGAGGCUUCAAAAUAUGGGCGAUGUGCGUGCUCGCCGUCUGUUGGAUGAAUCUAGUUCAAUCGAGCCGCCUUCUACGUGAAGCAAUGAGCAAAAGGAGGAACAGCGAUGGCACAGACUCAGGCGACGCCGAAGAUUCGUCGCUACCACAGGAACCUGCGCUGCUACCAGUAGGCGCUUCCGUGUCAGUCUUAAUGUGCCUCUUGUUAUUGGUCAUCGUUCGUUGUUUUGACUACGGCGCUCAGGACACGGAUUCCUUCCAGCCUGGGGCUGCCCGCCUGACGCUGCUGUCGGCCCUGUGUUCGUUGGUGAACACUGUGAUUAUUUACACUGUUGGACCAGUGAGCUUUCUGGAUUUUCUUGUUUCUUCGUCAAUUGUCGGGCUGCCAUUAGCUGCUUACAGCAUGGGACGUAUGGCAGACAAACGCAUUGGCUGGGCGGCUUUCUUCUUUGGGAACGGCUUCCUCUUUGCAAACUGUCUGGGCUUGAGCUGCAUCGCGGUUUUAUCCGCGCGCGUUGAACUCCCGGAAAGGUUCCGCAUGAACAACUUGGGGCUGGCCGCGUGCGCAUUCAUCGCCACACUAAUUGUGGUAGAAUACGGGCAAGCCUCUGUUGUUGGAGCCGCCACACUAUUCGAUAACAACCCAAGAUUCUAGCAAUUCUUAUCAUCUUGUUGGUACGAAUUUUCCUGCAACAUCAACGUAGAACCCCUAGCACUGACACUAAUACACCAUUAUAGUUUACACUAGUAGUUGACACUGAUAUGGUGUUGGGCUGCUGAGCACAAGGUCCACAAUUCAAUUCGAUGCAACACUAAUAUAGAACUCUUACCAAGUACUUCUCUCAUUGCAAUACCAGAAAUCCAGGCUAUCCAGGAUUAUUGCACAUUACUUUUUAGACUCUGGAAAUGCUCCUGAAGAUUGGAAAAAAAUAAAGAUUUUCCAACAUUUUUUUCCCUCUGCAUCUGAUUCUCAGACAAAGUCUAAGAGGAGGCUGUGGGUAAAGGCAAUAUUUUGGCUGGCUUGGCCCCGGCUGCGUGUACAAAAUGCAUGUGACAUCAAAACAUAUUUUCAUAUCAGUUCAUGCAACUGUACAGGUCACGUUAUGCGUCAAGAACAAGUGCUCAAUAAACGUGCCAAUCAGUUGUUGGAGUUGACAUCAA